AUGGCCAACUUUGUAGUGAAGACCAUCUGGCAAUCCAAGGAAAUCAACGAGGCUGGAGACACAACAACGGGGACCGAGAGUCGGCCUCAGGGAAGCAAGGAGCACCUGGGAAAGUCUGGCAGCAUCAAGGGCUUCCCCAAAAAGAAGAAAGCCGUCUCUUUCCAUGGGGUUGAGCCUCAUUUGACCAGUGAAAGCCCCAACCUGAACCUGAAGCGUUCUUCUGCCUGCACCAACGUUUCCCUCUUGAACCUGACUGACGGAGAGCGUGACGACUCCACCACCGAGAACGAGUCCACAGAUGACGGGGGCCCUCCAGGGGGGGCAGGGGGGGAAAGAAGGGAUCUUCUCCUCCCCACCAAGCCUGUCUGGUCUGAGGAUGAUGACGACACCUCCAGCCAGCAGGAAGUGAGCAAUAGCGGCCUGUUGCGAGCCAAGGACUCCAUCACCAGCCUCAAGGAGAGGACGUCCAAGGUCAACCGCCAUGUUCAGAACCUGCAGAGUGAGUGCACGGUGCUGUGCGAAAAUCUGGAGCGCCGCAGGCAGGAGGCGGAGGACCUUGAAGAGUACUGCAGCCAGCUUAAGGAGAGCUGCCGGAAGGUAUCAAAAUCAGUAGAGGAUGCUGAAGUGAAGACCAACGUGCUCAAGAAAAGCUCAGUACUCCUGGAGGAGAAGCUGCGUUUCUUACAGCGGCAGGUCCAAGCAGAGGACUUCGGUCGGCAGGAGCGUGAAUGGCAGGAGCUGGAGCAGCGGAUGGCAACUGGGGUCUCCAAGCAUCUACUGGAACUCGUGGGCAGCACGACAGCAGCCGGCCUGAGACCCCCGAGCUCCGAGGAGAGUGAACUGCAACGGGCCACUGCAGCCAUCUUGGUAUCCAUCAACAACCUGCGAGGGGCGCUGGAGAGCGGACACCUACGGUCAGGCCCAGGGGACGAGGCAGGUGCUGACGGGAAGCCAGCCCUGGCCUACACCCCGGUUUGGGUCCCCAUGCUGGAAGAGAUCAGGAAAUGCGUGCAAGAGCUGGCAGGCCGGUCUCAGCGGGACGGGCUGACCCAGAAGGAGGUGCUGCGAUUGCUGGCCCAGCUGGGCGUGCGCCUGGAAGGGGUGCUUCCACAGUGGGAGAGGACCAAUGUGGAGCACGGCCAGGUGCUCCGGAUGCUGCGAGAGGAAUUGGACGAGGUCUCUGCCACGGCAAAGCGGACGUCAGUGUCCCUCACGCAGCUCCGUACUGACCUGGACGGGCUGUGGCAAGUGAAGCCGCUCCUGGAAGAUGUGUCCCGGCACCUCUCGGCAUUCAAGGCCUUGGAGACACCCGAUAGACACCCUGCCAGCUGCGCCAGAUGUUCCAGCUAUAGCUUUGUGAACACAGAGACACUACGGCAGAUGGUUGAGCAUGCUGUGGCGCCCAUCUUGGAGGAGCUGAAGCAGAGGGUGCCACCCCCAGGCACGUGCCCCAGCUGCCAACGCUUGCAGAAGAAGAUAAUGGACCUGGAACAGUCAGCCUUGGAUACUCACGCACGAGCAGAGGCACUGAGUUCGAAUGUACGCCUGGCCCAGGAUGAAGCCCUGAGAGCUAAGAACUAUCUGGAGCGGGCAAGGAUCAACACGGAGAAGGAUAAGGCCACCAGCCUGGAUUAUCUCCAGAACAAACUGAGCUCCCUCCACUCGCAGCUGUCCCUGGUCUCCCAGGAAGGAAUGCCCCAGUCCCCAGCAGCCUCCAUAGCUGCCCCUGUAGCCCUCACCAAGCGGAGCUCUUGCCCUGCUGAACUAAAUCACAUCCCCCAAUAAAAGAGAGAGAAAGAUGACCAUGACCUGCUUCGUCCCAUUUCCUUUGGAGAACAGGCUCCAGGAGAAGACCACCCACUUGAACAGAGCGGUCCUCGUUCGGAUUCGUUGCACGGUCAAACCCACGGAAAGAGUCAUUGAGACGGGACGGG